UAAAAAAAAUAAUCUGUCAUUUUAUGAGACACAGUUUGACUUGACUUCGACUCGAUUUUAUAAAAUUCGCUGUAAAUGCAAUAGAAAAACCAAAAUGAAACCAACAAUAGAUAUCGACUCGUUACGUACGGAACAUGAAUCUGACGAACAAUGGGAAGUAAGACGGAAUUUCAUGGAGGAACACAAGGAUGACUUUGAAGAGGGUGAACUCAUUACUUUAGCGCAAUUGUUUACAAAUAUUGAGUUUUUGGGAUGUCGAUACCCCCCAGCAACAAUGAAGCGGAUAGCCAAGCUAUCAGAAAAGGUUUCAGCGAAAUACAGAGAGAGUAGGAGAAACAAAUUGAAACGCACAUUCGUACAAGCUAGUGACGCUGCUGAACAGAAAGCAAAGAGAUCAUAUACUAAAUAGAUUUAAUAAAAUUAUAAUAAAUAAGUUUUUAUUCUG